AUGGAAGAGGAUAUAGAUCCAGGACUACUGAGCACGGGACCUCCACCCCAAGAGACUCCCAGAGGCUCACCGCCGCGAAAACCUCAGAAUGACCUAGACGAUUCCGAUUCUGAAGGCGCCGAUGCCGCUGUUGCUGCUGAAUCCGAGCCUGAAUCCGAAUCUGAAUCUGAUGACGACUACACCAACGAAACCCUCUCCUCGACAAUCACCAGAGAGAUCCAACAGGGGACAUAUGUCUGCCUAGUGUGUACCAGUGAGAUCGACCACACAUCCAAGGUGUGGUCGUGCCGCUCGUGCUAUCGAGUUUACGAUCUUGAUUGUAUCAAGGAUUGGGCCAUCAGGGGUUCAUCCACAGAUAAGUCCAGUAAGAACUGGAGAUGUCCCUCUUGUAACAUUGCCACCAACAAGAUUCCUUCUCGUUUUACUUGCUGGUGUGGCCAAGUUACCAACCCGACCAACAACCCGUUGGUUCCCUUCAGUUGUGGCAACUCAUGUACCUAUAAGUAUGAAUCGUGUAUUCAUAGUUGUAGCUCCAUCUGUCAUCCUGGCUCCCAUCCUAUUUGCGGAGCCAUGGGCCCAACUAUGAAAUGUCACUGUGGAAACAUGCAGAAGCAGCUUCCUUGUCUCAUAACUCCGUAUGAGACCGGCUGGGCUUGCCCUGAUCCAUGUGAGGUCACGCUAUGUGACUUUGGCCACAAAUGCCCAAGAGGCUGUCAUCUGGGCUUUUGUGGAUUGUGUGACAUUGACAUUAAUAUCCUGUGCUACUGUGGCAAGGAGCACCUUGACAUCAAGUGUAGCGAGAAGGACUUGAAAGAAUGUCAAGACAAAGACGGCGUGCAGUGGGUAGGAGGCGUUGCCUGUUCCAAUAAGACCCGGGUAUUUUAUGAUUGCGAGGUUCACUUCGAGGACUAUUCGUGUCAGCCAUUAUCCUUCGAAUCAGCCGUGUGCAAAAUGGCUCCUUCCCAAGUCACCACCUGCUACUGUGGAAAGACCACCAUCCAGGACAAGGACAGAACCAAGUGUACUGAUCCGAUCCCCGAGUGUGAGUCUAUGUGUGAAAAGCCAUUACCAUGUGGAUGUGUCUGUUUGAUGAAGUGCCACGAAGGAGAAUGUGAAUGCCACAACUAUUUCGAUGUGAAGUGCUCGUGUGGCAAUGAGACAUUCAUGGUUCCAUGCAAAUUCAUCCAGGACGGCCACAAGCCAAGAUGCACCCAUAAGUGUCAAGCACUUUUGAACUGCCGCAAGCACUAUCACAGAGAACAGUGUUGUGCGUACGAACGGGUGGCCCAGGAGAGAGAGAGACACAAGAAAAAGGCAAUCAGAAACAACGUCAGAACCAAUUUCGAAGACGAUAUCAUGUCUCUUGAGCCAGCCCAUAUCUGUACCCGUCCUUGCAACCGUUUGAAAGCUUGCGGGGCCCAUUACUGUGAAGCUUUAUGUCAUAACGGGCCCUGUGGCGUCUGCCUUGAGUCCAGCAAUGAAGACUUGGUCUGUCAUUGUGGAAAGACCAGGAUCGAGGCUCCGGUUCGAUGUGGAACCAAGCUUGUUUGUCAUGAGCAAUGUGUGCGUGAUAAAGCCUGUGGACACAGAAGAGAAAUCCAUGAAUGCCACGAGGACUCUGUCAAUUGUCCAAAAUGUACCGUUUUGGUUGAAAAGGAAUGCAACUGUGGUCUCAAAUCAGAUGUGCCUGGUGUUCUUUGUUCUCAAGAUAACGUCUCGUGUGGUAACAUAUGUACGGUUGCCAAAUCUUGUGGACAUCCAUGCUUGAGAGUUUGUGCGUCGAAGUGCACCAAGGACAACAUUCACGAUAGUUCAACCAUUUGCAGAGCCCAGUGUAACAAGAUUAGGAAGAGUUGUCCCCAUACCUGCAAGCUCAAAUGCCAUCAGAACAAGUCUGGCAGAAGCAAGGACUGUGAUGUUACCCGAUGUACUGAAAUGGUUACAGUCACGUGUGAAUGUGGCAGAAUUGACAAGAAAGUACCUUGUGGAAGCACAAGAGAUGAACCAAGUAAUAUUGGAAACAUCUUGGAGUGUGAUGAAAGUUGUGCCCAGGCACAGCGUGAUAGAGCCUUGAAAGAGGCAUUUAGCUUCUCUGCUGAAGAUUCAAAGAAGGUUUCCGAUCAGGAUUUCAUUUAUCCAGACUCCAUCUUUGAAACGUACGAGAAGCAAACCAAUUGGUGCUCUCGAGUCGAGAACUUGAUGAGAGCUUUUAUUGAGGACUACAAUCUUCAAUUAGACAACGGUAUCAAAUCACCUAGAAGAACCUUCCACUUCCAAGCAAUGAGCAAGCCUCAGAGAGCUUUUAUCCAUGGCUUGGCAGAAACUAUGAACUUGUAUUCAGAGUCACAGGACCCCGAGCCAAAGAGAUCAAUUUUCAUUGUAAUUACCAGAUUAACCAAGCUCCCAAUCUAUUCCAUCACUGAGGCGUUGAGGCUCAGAAGGGAAGCUUUGUUUGAAGCAUCAAGAUCCGCGCUCACUUCUGAGGAAGUGAGCAAUACAUCUUUCAAUGCAUUGGUGAUCCAAGAUGUGUUCUUUGGAAUUACUAAGGAAGACCUAGGAAAUGCUUUAGCAAGAGUUGUCGAAGAUUUCAGUCUUGCCAGCUAUGUUCUUAGUUGGAUCAAGGACUCUACCUUUGUCUUCUAUUCUAAAGAGUUAUUGAAAGCGGGUACCGAAGAGUAUGUGCAAGAAUUGACCAAAUUGGUGAGUAUUGUACGGUCACUUAUGAGAGAAAAAUCAUUAGCUUUUGAUUGCAAGUUGUGCUUGAUCGACGAAGAAGCGACGAUAAUCUUGAAAACCGAAGGCAGAAAGCCACCAGCUAACGAGAAUUCAAGUGCUGGAUCCGAGAAACAGAGUAACAACAUUUAUGAUGUUUUGGGAGAGGAGGAGAUCACAGAAAUAUCCAUGGAUGGCACCACUGAGCCUGCUCUUGAUUUGGAAAACGCAAAGAAGCAAGAAGACUCACAGGAGCCAGAAAAUCCAAAGGAACCAGAAAUCACAAAGGAGCAUGAUUCCACCAGCGAUCAGUCGCUACAGGAAUCGACUACAUUAGAAUCAGAUGACUCGACCCAUGUCGAUGAAGCUGGUUCUGAAGACGUAUCCAGUUAA